AUGUGCAUAGUCAGUUGUUCUUAGUUUAGAGAUAUGAAGAUGAAAUCCUAGAUAAUAAUUCUCGAUAUGAUGAUCUUGUUAAUCGUUUUGAGUGUUUGCACUUUAGGAAUCUAUGUAGAGGCCGUGAUAUUUUAUGAUAUCAGUCUAGAAUCUUCGAAUAUUAUGAUGAAUGUUACCGACAUUAAGCAGAUUGACAGCAUGGGAAAUCAAGUAGAGGCCUAUCUAAUAAAAAAGCAUAAACGAAGUAAAUAAUACAAUAAAUUAAAGGCAUUUAACUCCUUGACAAUGUUGCUUCUUUUUUAUUUUAUUUGGCUAACCAUCAGACGCAGUUCUUCGUUAAUUAGGAUUUACAACUUUGCCUAACUGAAGAUGAUUACAAAAUAUCAAAAUACAUUCAAGGCAUUCCGUAGUUCUGCUAUUAAAUCCACAGUGAGCAGUACCAAUAGAUUAUAUUGAAUGACAAUAUCAAGCUUUUGUAUUAAGGGCUUAAACAACUUGACCAAUACUCAUUACUGUUCAAUAUGUAAUGGCCCAAUUUUUUGUAGGUGGUGGACACAAGUCCAAUAUUAUUUGAUUCAUUAUAUCCAACAGGAGUAUUAUUGAAGAAUUACAACCCAUAAGAUAGGAUAUGGUAUAUUAUCAUGAUAGACUUAGGUAUCAAAAUCACAUGGCCUAAGCAAACAAUACAAAUAAGGAGUUAUUCUUUUUUACGAAUGUCUACUAGGUCCUAUAUGGAACUGACAAGUUUAGUUUUUCAAUCACUCAAUCUUUGUUUGAUAAGCAGAAGGAGUUCUUCGCAAUAUUAAAAACGUAAGUUUUUGUAACUGACGAAAAUUUACAGAAAAUAUAAUUUAAUGUCUUAUUAAUUAACUAAGAAGGUUAAGUUAUGCAUUAUGGAAUGGAAAAUCCAAUCAGAAACGUUGAAGCUUUAUAUAUCUACAAUGAGACAAUAACUGGGUUCAAUUUUACGGAUUGGAAGGAAAUUGAAAAGAAGGCAAAUAAAGAAGAGUCAAGUUAGAAUCAUUACGACCAAAUAUUAAUGCUCUACAAUAAACUAUACUAGUCAUUUGUUAAUAUAAGGUGCAAAAAGUUUGUAAAAGAGAAUUUCACUCUAAUUUUGUAAAUAUAUCUUAUAAUUUAUAGGUUCACUAAUCUCACAUAAUAAAACAUAUUAGAGCAAAAGAUAUUGGAUGAGUAAAAAGGAUUUUAUCUGUAGUAUGGCUAUGCUGUUCUAAUAAUUUUUGGUUUAGCAAUUUUCUUAUUCUGCUUGAGUGUAUUCUUUAUAAACCUAAUUUGUAACCCAAUAGUAAAUUUAAGAUUAAAAAUAUCAUAACAUGUUUUGGAAAUGGGUAACAAUACCGAUAAAAUAAUGUUUAAAAUGUAAUCAUGCAAAAAGAAUAAUAAUGAUGUUAUUAAUAAAUUAAAUGAAAUGUUCAUGAAUAUCUCGGAUACUCUCAAAUUAAACUCAAAUAAGAAGAACAAGUAAUGUAGACUUAUUGAAAAGAUGUAGUACAAUAGGCGAAACGUUUAAGGGUCAUGUUAGAAGUUGAAUUAAUCAAUACGUUCUCUUUCAGAUUUCAACUAAAACUAUAUUGAUUUCAACCAAUUUAAUAAAGAAGUUUUGGAUUUGUUGAUGAAUUGCACUCAUAGUCAAUUUUGA